AUGUCAGUGGAGAUUUUAGAAGCCGAAAUGUUUUCUGUUGAAAUAGAUUCUACGCAAGAUAUUUCCACAAAGGAGCAAUGCUCGGUUAUUAUAAGAUAUGUUUACAUGGGAAAUAUUAUCGAACGAUUAUUUUCGCUAAUUCGAUGUACCGAUACAACUGGAAAAGGUUUUGAGGCUCUUGUCUUAAAUUUUCGUAGCUCGAAGUUUAGCUGUUACUCUCUUAAGUUGGUAACGCUCACCCCACUGGAAAUGAGUUGUGAUUGGUCAGUUCAAAACUACCCCGACCUUGAAAGUUCCGUCAGAUUUGAUCCGCAUUCGUUUGAACUGUCAGUUAAUUUAUCAGGCACUUUGACCACUAGUUUUGAGCUAGCGGGUAAUGAUAAACAGGAACUGGCGCUUAAGAAAAUAUUUGGAGAUUUUAAUAAACCGGAAAACAGUUUAUAUGUUGUUGUUAUUGAUACUUUGGAAAAAAUUGAAAAAAAUGAUAAAAUUAAUCCUGAUGACACCAGGGUUACAGCUAAAAAUCAUAAGGAUAAUUUAUUGAAAUACGAAAAUAUAAUCACUGCGCAAAUAUUUUUAAAGAUUUUUAGUAUAACUGGUCCUCUGUCAAGAUAUCUGCAAACUAGAGGAUUAGAUCUUCUUAAAUGUAACCACAUGUUAGAGACGACUAUCGAACAACUGAGGUCUAUACAGAGAGAUUUUAUCUCUAUCCAGGAGGCUACAAACACAUUUUUACGUUGGGCUAAAUUAGAGUUAGAGUCAAAAGACGUAGAUGCAGAUAUACAGGAACAUUUCACUAACUUAAAAGAGGAGCUUUUAAGUUUUGCCUCAAAUUGGGAGAAACUAAAAUUAACUUUGGAGGAUACGUACAAGACAAAUUACGAUCUAGAUCUACAUAUCAUUGAGGACGACUAUGAUAAUGAGGAUGGUAUCGAUACUGGGGCAUAUUGUGCACUUGCUACAGCGUAUCAGUAUCUCCUAACACUUCCAAUAACUCAAGUGGAGUGUGAGAGAUCGUUCUCGGUUCUGAAAUAUAUUAAAAAUAGAUUAAGAAAUAGAUUAACAGAUGACCGACUGGAAUCUUUCGUCAUCAUGAAUGUGGAAAAAUCCAUUUUAAAUACAGUUGAUAAUGAAGAAGUCAUUAACAGUCUUGCGGCAGAGAGCGAUAAAUUUGGCUGGCUGACUGUGCAGUCUCAACCUCAGUGGCGUUUGAUGUAA